AUGGUCCUUGCGAUUAAAUGUACGCAUCACCCCGACGCAGGCACUGUGGUUGUGCACCUCAAGAUGUCCUGGCGUGGGUUCUGGGUUGAGGCAAUACGCGCAAAUCUCAUGCCCCGUGACCGGGUCAUUCAUGAUGCCACUUUGGGGAGCACAAGUCCAAGCCUCGAGGUCGAGAUGGAGUGA